AUGUUCCUUUGUUUCAGAAUGGCUUCAGAUAUAAUAGCAAGUUUUGAAUUUGAUAAAGAAGUGGAAUCAAGCAAAAUAAUAGUGGUUAAGGAAAUUAAUGGCUGUGAUAGCUCUUUUAUAACUAGCUGUGUACUUGGACAUUGCAUCAAAAAUAAAAAUGGUUUACUUGUUAUUUCAACUCACAACUCUGUUUUGCAUUAUCACAAUGUUGGUCUUAAGAUGAAUUAUAACUUACAGAAAUCUAUAGAUGUAGGUCUCAUUCAUUUUUAUGAUGCAGGCCAAGAACUAGUAAAUAAUAUAUUAGAAAAUUUGGAUAACUCAUCACAGGACUUUUUGUAUAAAAUUACAGAAAAAAUGUCAUAUAUGUCGCAACAGUAUGGUUCGGUAAAUGUAAUUUUUAAUGGAGUUUCCCAUCUAUUCGAUCUACAGUUUAAUUUAAGACAAGCAAAUAAAAUAUGUAAAGGUAUUAUUGAUCUUGUAAGAUCUUACAAUAAUAAUUCCUUUGCACUCUUUCAUUGUUAUGUAGCAAUGGAUGAUGAUGCUACCAAUUUGCUGGCAAAUCUACUCUCUCACAAAGCAGAAAUCUUAGCUGAGGUAGAAAGUCUUUCAUCAGGUUUAAGUAGUGAUGUUUCAGGACACCUAACUUUCAAAUACCUAUAUCAGAAAUAUCAGAGGGAUCACUUGUAUUCAUUGGAACCUAAGAUGUCUCAAUACCUUUAUAAAUUGUUUGAUAGAGGAGUAAAGUUGCUAGCGCCAGGUACUGUUUAAAAUUAUAAUAACAGUUAAGUCUUCAGUUCUUGUUAAGCUAUUUUAUAAGAAAGAAAUAGAAAAUAAAUAUAUUACUCUUCAAUAAAAAUAAUUCUUAACAGUUUUUA